ACGAAUCCUAAAAUGUCAUUUAGGUUAAACUAAGUUCGCACGGAAGUUAAAUAAUUUUGUAAAAUUAGUUUUAAACACUGCUAAAGAACUUUAUUUAUUUAAAAUGUGAUACUACAAUGCAAAAGCUGACCAGAGAGCAAAAAAAAAUUAAGAAGAAGUUGAGAAUUCUCCAAAAAAGUGCCAUUGAAAGCGGUAUAAAUGGAGUGCUGCUUCAGCAAUUAAAUUAUAUUUAUAAUUAUAAGCAAGAAACUGCAAAUAAUGGAUCAAAUAAGAAGCUGAUCGUGAUAGUAGUGACAUGUUUUAUAGCGGUGGUGAUAAGCUUUAGUUUUGCGAAUAGUAUUAUUGGUGCAAGAUGUUUAUUACCUAGUAAUUACUUCGUGUGGGAGGCGACGCGUCCUCUCGCCGAUUGUGCGUAUUGCGCCAACGUUACGAAACCUAUUGUGUUACGGAACAUCACUAGGCGGGAAUUUGCUAAGUAUGCUUACUCUUCAAGACCAAUAAUUGUGAAGAAUGCCAUCUCUGAUUGGCGAGCGUCUAGAGAAUUUAGCUACGACCUGUUUAAGAGGCUAUAUGAGAGGACAGCGGGCAGUUAUGAAAGCCUGGAAGAUGGGUGCCAAUUUCUAAACUUUAAGACUGAUCUUUUUACAUUGAAAGAAGUAUUUAGUAUGCCUGAGGAUAGAGUGAGAAACAAGCCAGGCCAGAAACCUUGGUAUGUGGGCUGGGGCAACUGUCACCCUGACAUCCUGGCAGCUGUUAGGCAGUAUUACAGCCCACCAACCUUCCUGCCUGACGAUGCAGAGUUUCCUGCCACUGAGAACAUAUUCUUUGGAUAUGAAAUUGGAGCUGUCAUGCAUUUGGACUACAUACCCCGUCUGAUGUGGCAGGGCCAAGUGAAAGGCAACAAGACAUGGUCCAUAGCUCCUGUACUGGAAUGUGAUCAUAUUUGUCAGAAGUUUGACUUUUACGUCGAGGCUGGAGAUGUUGUGUUGCUGGACACUCGCAUCUGGUACCAUGCGACGAGUAUUCCUAAGGGCCAAUUCUCAAUGACUGUACAAUCAGAAUAUGGAUGACCAAUGAUAGACGGCUAUUUAUAACUUGUAGUACAAAAGAAUCAUUCUUUUACAUAUCUGAUAUGCCAAAUUUUUACACUCUCUUUAUUUAUACAAACUAUUUAUUAUCUUUUUUGUACUUUGUGCCAUUUUAUGUAGUGCAACUACCUUAGCUGUAAGUGAUUGCAAUGUUUUAUUUAUUUUUCUUUAUGGAAUAAACUUCAUAAAUUUUA